AUGGAGCUGACUGUUAAGGAGGCAUUAACACUUCCUCCUGGAAAGAAGAUCGUACUACAUCAUAACAGAGAGUUGCAACAAGUUGGUCAGACAGCGGGCUUAUUGAGCGGGUUCUUGGGGACAUUGGGGUCUGAUUUUCAACAGUUAAGCAAUGUAACUAAUAAUUGUAGUGAUAAUAAUAAUAAUAAUAAUAAUAGAACUUAUAAACCUCAUGAGAAUGUUAAAGCUGCUCCUAUUCGAGUCUUCCACUAUGAGGACGAUAAAAGAGGGUGGAUAAAGCGGAAAAUUGUACAAAGAAUAGGAAGCUGCUGGAGGAACGCAAGAAAUCAUUUGUUCCAUAAGGUUUAUGACGAAGAGCUAACUUUUGAGGAAAAUAUCAAGUGUAAGCCAGCAGGAAUAGAGGCAGAUCAGUGGAAAAAGUUUCUUCAAUAUCGGUUGGACGAGGACACAAAGGAUAUGUGUAGAAAAAAUGCCGUUAAUCGUUCAAAGCAACUGUACACACAUACAGGAGGUUCUAAAACGAUGGCAAGAAAGAGACACGAAGAAGAGCAACGACAGGGAAGGCCUAUUGGUAGAGGAGAGGGAUGGACCAUGAGUCAUAAAAAAGGAAUGAUUAGUGUAAAUCCGGUCCUCACAUGUUUGCAAGAAGCAAUUGAACUUGUUGAGAGCCAAGACUCCUCUAGCAAGGAAUUUUCACAGAAUGAUUCUCUUGCACAAGUGCUUGGAAAAGAGCACCCAGGAAGAGUUCGUAGACUCGGUAUUGGUACAUGUCUGAGUCGGUAUUUUCGUAACAUUCCAGAGCAUUCGGACUACGGUGUACAGAUUGAGGAGUAUCAAAUGGAGAUUGUGAAACUUAAGGUGGAGGCAGCAUAA